AUCUUUGUCAUACACAUAAAGGAAGAUAUUUCUUUAUUUUCUCUCCUCAAGAGAUACUCAAAAAAAUAUAUUAAAAAAAAAUUUCUACACUUGCCUCUUUAGCUGAUUUUGAGAAGAAUUUCUGUUAUUCGUAAGAAGGGAAUCACAGAAAGCAGACACAAGUGGAAGCUUAGUUUUCUGAUAUUUUUUUUUAUUCGUAACAUAAAAAUAAAAAGUCAAAGAAACGAGUUAUCCCAAAUAAAGUAUAAAGAAACACAGAACAGAAGUUAUUGAAUGGACAUUUGCAAGUCUUUUGUUUUGGAUGCAUUAUAGAGUCGUCUGUUAAAAAUAAAAUAAACAUUAUUGCAUUUCAAAUGAAGUUCUUGUGAGUUUAUAAAAAUAAUCGAAAAAAAAAGCAAAAUUUAUUUUCAAGCAGUGAAACAGGAAGUAGUAUGGCAAAAAUUAAUGUCAACUCUUAUAUAGUUAUAUUGUUAGUUCUAAGUCAUCAAGCAUGCACACAAUUUCAACCACGUCAAAUGCCAUCUCCCGAUAUUUCUGCACUAAAAGACGAUAACGAGGCACUUAAGGACUCUGAUGAGUAUUUACCGGCUGUGAUGAUGGCGUUACAUUAUUAUACAGAAUUGAUGCAAUAUGAAAUUGUCCAGAAUGUUCAAACGACAACGAAAAAACCAGUAACGCCACAGCGAACAUCGAUACCGACACAAAAAACAACUCAACUACCCCCCACAACAACUACAACAACUCAAAAACCCACUACAACAACCACAACAACCCAAAAACCUACCACAACAACUACAACAACCCAAAAACCUACUACAACAACUAAAAAACCAACAACAAAGCUUACAACAACGACACAGCGUACAACGAUAUCAACAACUCGACCACCCACAAGACCUACUACUAAACCCACAACAUCCAAACCAGUAAUUCAGUACCAAACACAUCGGCCCCAUAAGCCAGGUGUUCAUGCACCAGAAAGACCACCGUACUAUACUUAUUUCAAUCUACCAUUAAAGCCGGAACAGAGUUAUCAUAGACCUGGAAUACAACAACAAGCUCAUGCUGGAAUCACAACAAUUAAUCAGCCUGACUGGAAGAAUCCAGAAUUUUUCACAUGGUUCUUCCAGAAAAAGCCUAAAGAUGACGAUGAAGUUGAUGAAAAUGAGCUUCGAUAUUUGGAUGUGCUGCCAAAAAAACUUCUACUUGAUAUUCAACGCGACACAAAGCGUCGUCCAGCUCUUUUAGAUUACGACAAUGUGGUCGAGUUUAGAAAAAUUUACGAUGACUCAUACAACUAUCCAUACAAAGUACGAGAGCCGAAUAGUGAGCAAAUGAAGAUGAAUAUCAAAAUUCAAAUGCAUCAACAGAAACAAAUGUUAACAGGGAAAAAGAAACCACCACCAACGAGACCUUACGUAUUGAUGCUUAUGCUGUAUGACGUCUUGAAGCGUGAAGCAAAAACAAAAAAACUUCAUCAGUUUAAGGGAUUCUCCGAUGAGUUUCUUAGGAAACUUGACUCAAUAUCUCAUUCAACAUCAGUUUAUCAAAUGAAAUAUUUACUAGAAAAAAUGCUUGAAAACAAAGAAGUUUCAACACCAGAUGUUGUUGCCAGAUCGAAUGUAAUUGUAGAAGAUUUGAAGAAAGAAAAGAGUGAUACUUACAAAACGCUUGUUCUGCUUCCUCCACUUCCAUUCAAUCCUUAGAAAUGAACGAUUAGUAUAGUAAAUUUGGAUAAUUUCUUCAAUCAUUUAAUGAUAUUUAUUAGAAUUAAUGUCAAUGUCCAAAAAGUCUCAAUAUAUUUGCUCAGUUGUAUAGUCUCGACAUUAAAAAAAUAUAGUCAUAUACCAAGAGAGCAUGAAUUGAGUUUGAGUUAAAAUGUUUUUCUCUGAUGCAAAUGUGAUCCAAACUCAAGCCGUGCAGUAAAAAAGUCAAAUUUGAAAAGAUCUUUUUUGAGAUUUUAUACUUAUUUUGUCAGUAAUUUAGUAAUAAUAAAGAUCAUUAGAUUAUUGGAGUGAUUGAUUGAAUGAAUCUUUCAAGAAAGAUUUCCUGAUAAAGUGAAUUUUACAGAAUUAAGUUGAAUCAACCUAAGUUAAAUAAAUAAACAAUUUUAG